UUAAUGCACAUAUUACUGUCAGCAUUCAUCAGUACAUGUAGCCACAAAUAUUUCCAACAAAAAUGUUUUGAGUAAUACGUAUACAAUGUCUCGCAGUGCAGAGAAUUACAACAAACCAGAGAUAUUUAUGCCAGAGCGCUUCAUGGAUGACCUGUCGCACCAGCUACACAUCUCAGUAAAUGCUAGUAUUGAAAAACGCGAUCAGUUCAUGUUUUGUUGGGGAAGACGAAUGUGUCCAGGUGUGCACUUGGCUGAAGUGCAAAUGUUUCAUAUCUGGGUACGGGUCUUUGCAACUUCGACCAUUGUACCUCCACUAGAUGAAAAGGAAAGGCCUGUAUAUCCGGACUUGGACAACUGUUAUGAUGGUGGAAUCAUUGUGAAACCUCUCAAGUCACGACUUCGUUUCGUUGAACGUUCUGAUUGCCUUAUUUGAUAUAUUAUAAUUAUUGGCGACUGAUUGGCUACCCACUUUAUGUAGAUGG